UACGCCAACACCAUCUGUUCAUUAAUUCAAUCUUGUGGACGAAAUAUGAAAAAUCAAUUAACGCAUUCGAAAUGAUUAUCCGUCUUAGUUAAAUUCGGAUAUUGAUUGAAAGAACAAUACACGAAUCGGUCGGGAACCCUGCACUUGAACUUGGCUAUCUCUGAUCAUUUUUGUGCCCAUGACAUUUCCGUAGAUGGACGUUUCGCGUGUCUCGGAUUGGCCACUUUAUUUACUCUGAUUGUCCCUUCGCGAGACCAAUAGUAUUCCUUCCGGAAGAUCAACGCCUCAGUGUCGCGCUAACAUAUUUUGGUGAAGGUCGUGAGUUCUUCUUGUACUCCACAAUGUCUCUGGCUAAGCCUGCAAUGCGAGGACUCCUCGGGAAGCGUCUGAGGUUCCACCUGCCCAUCGCCUUCGCCCUGUCAGUGGUGGCUGCAGCAGCUUUCAAGUACGGCGUAACAGAACCAAGGAAACAGGCCUAUGCCGAUUUCUACAAACAUUAUGAUGCCACAAAGGAGUUCAACAACAUGAGGGAAGCUGGUAUUUUUGAAAGUGUCAGGCCAACUGGUGAAUAAACCCCCGUUGCAUCCCAUUGUGCAUUCCUGGUCUGAUGUUCCUGCUCUGUGAUUGACUGAUCGAACAUUGCUGUUAUGUUCUCAUAAAUAAACUAUUCUCUCUAUGGGU